AUGAGCUCCCCGCCAGAAGCCUCUGGGGCCCCAACAGGGACCGCCCCCAAAUUCUCACGAUAUCGCUCUGUGCGUCGUGCUGCAGCUGAGGCAGCUGGGGAGGCACCCCCAGCCAAACCUGCAAAUGAGACCAUUGCGCGGAGCAUGUCUCGAUACCGACGACCCAAGAUGGCAGCCAUCUCGCCUGCUACUAAUUGUCCUCCAGUGCCCUCAUUGCCAACCUCGGUUCAGGCUCACCAGACCGUCACUAAAACGGUCGAGGAAACCGUCACUCCGCUGACGGGUGCUUCGCCUUGCUCUGAAAAGAUACAGAAUCCAUUCUCAGACCACGAUGACGAGCUAUCUGAGGUCGAGAGGGCGCGCAUGAGGGAGGAAGCCAUGCGCAAGUUGACCAUGGCAGAGCGACUCAAGGCGCCGGCAGUACUCCCUCAGGCUCGUCAAGACGGCCACAGCCCAUCAAGAGCAGCGAAAGAGAAAGAAACAGAGCAGAAGGAAGGAGCCGGACCAAGUAGGCGCACCUCGUGGAAGGACCGACUGGGUUUAUCCCAUUACAGGAGGGUGGGGUCUGACUCCCACGGCGAAUCUACGCAAAACAGCAGCAACAGCAGCAGCAGCAACACCAUGGCCCUUCCUGCUCCUGGCAUCGAUGCCCCUAUCUCUGCUGUGAAUGCUGGCGAACGACGAGUAUUGGUGAAUUGCAAGUCGAGUUCGCUGAAGCUGCCUGUCACACCCACAACGCGAGCCAAAGACAUCAUCUUCUCUGCCGCCAACUGUUUUUCGGAGCGCUUCGAUCCUAGAAACGCCGUCAUCGUCGAGUCGUUCUCGUCCCUGGGUCUCGAGCGGCCUUUACGUCGCUACGAGCAUGUGAGAGAUGUGUUGAAUUCCUGGGCAACAGAUGAUACCAACGUGCUGAUCAUUUCAGAUCCUCCGUUCGAUGGUGCGACUCAGAAGUUGGAACUCCAAGCUGCGCCAAGCACAGCGCCAAAAGACGCAAAAUUCUAUCUGUACCAUUCUUCGAAACCAGGAAAGUGGGACAAGCGAUAUAUCACGGUGCGUACUGAUGGCCAGGUUGUACUCUCCAAGAAGUCGGAUGCCAAAGAAGCAAAGGAUUUUACGAAUGUUUGUCACUUGUCGGACUUUGAUAUUUAUACGCCUACGAGCCGCCAACUCGCCAAGAUCAUUAAACCGCCUAAGAAGAUAUGUUUUGCCAUCAAAAGCCAGCAGAAAUCAUCCAUGUUUCUUUCCACAGAGAACUUUCUCCGUUACUUUGCUACAAGCGACCCGACCAUAGGGCAAAACUUUUAUGAUGCAGUCCAUAGCUGGCGCACCUGGUAUCUUGUCCAUGUCUUGGAAGUUGGCAAGGCAAAUGAGACGGCUAAUGCCACUGGGUCCGCCCCAAUGUCCAGGGAAGGCCCUAACUCCCCUUCUUCUCGCCACCAACGCCAUGUAUCGACCGAUUCAAUUCCUUACCAACUAGGUUCGUUCAAGCCUUUGAUAGACUUUGGUCGCAAUGCAGAGCCCGUUGCGCCAGUACCUGAGAACGCAGUCGACGAAAGUAAUGCAUCAAGUCGGGAUAUGUUCUUGCGCAAGAAAAAGGCACGAGACCACGCCCCGCCCCCUUCUUCGUUUCCUGUGCAUCUUCCCCCGCUACAGACACAGAAAGAAUCCUUGUCUCCACAAGAUGACGACUCGACAUUUUCACCGGAUAGUCUCCUUGGAAGGACGUACAGUCAACGGCAAGCAGUACAGCGCGCGAGAGAGGCUAGAGAUGGAAAUGAAUCCGGUCCAUUCAUCUCACAUGGUCUGUUGAAGAACCUGAGCCCAACGAGCACCGAUCAAGCUUCUUCCGUGAGCACACCAUUCAGCAACCCAUCUAGUCGAGGGAAUAGUCUGUCGAAUACUGUGCGCUCUCAUCAUCGCCCUGCAGAAGGCUUCUCACAUAGUCGAUCGAAUUCCGUGCGGAAGGCCAAGCCACUAGUCGAUCUCACACCAACGUAUAGAGAGCCGCCUCAGCAUGCAAGGAAGGGACACGGAGUCAAGAUCGAUUCUGGAGUGCCUCUAGUCGAAGCAGCCACCGGACCAGAACCUAUACCUGGCGUGCCGAACAUUCCCCCGGCUACAACUUGGAGACGAGAGGAGGCGGCGCCUGCACCCGCUCUUCCGGGCCAUCGUCGAGCCAACACGAUGAAAAGUCAGCAUCAAGCCCAUACACCAAUUUCGGAUCCCUUUGCAAGUCCUUCUGAUGCUGCUGCGUUCAUACCGAAUGGUCUUGUAGCUCUUUCUGCCAAUAUACCAAGCGCGCAGGCUGGUUCGGGUGUUGGUCGGGGUAUUGCUACUGGUGAUCGCCAUGCUACUCGUCCUCUGCUCGAUAUAUCUCCGCAGAGUCCGUUCGCCGAGGGAAGUUUGUUACGUAACAUUGAGAAGUUAUAA